CUCGCUAGUUCACGCACGGCACUGGGAACUACGGGCACAGCGAACUAUGGGUUGGUUGGGCUGGUGCUUUUCACUGAUGGCGGCUCUUGUGCUCCUUAGUUAGGUAGUCUAAGAUUUUCUGGCGAGAAAGUGGUAUGCCGGAAUCAUCAGAAACGUGCCGGCAAUUCCCCGUCGAGGAAGGCCUGACCUCGGCUGGCUGCCGUACAUUAGGGUCCCAUUCUCUCACGUUUGGGAAGGACACUGACGAACGAAUAGUCGCUGACCGUAGGGUUGCCGUUUAGUGUUUUGUCGAGACCUAACUUCCACCAUUCGGUCUGUUUGCUCAAUGUGCUGCCGUUACUGCCAUUUUAAUCCCUAACGACACCAUGAGACGUGCAACUAUUCCCCUUUCUCAGAGUCUUGUCACCAUUUAGCACACGGCCUGCGCCUGACCUCGUCUGGCCUGAGCGUUAUUUAUUUAUCCACAACGAUGCCGAAGCCGCUGCUACGGCACCCGUCCAACCCCGUACCUGACCAAUGCCCCCGCGCUCCCCUUCCCGACUCCAUACACGAGCUCGCGACACGCGUCUUCGGUUCCGGAAAGUCCGGAAACAGAAAGUUCCUAACCGCGCAGAAGGGCACUAAGAAUGCCGCGCGGCGAGGCCAGGACGACGCGUACUCGUCGCGGGACCGUCGCGACGCCGCGGGAGCGCCGGCGCAGGGGUUCGUGCCGACGGCGGGAUUCGUGUCGAUCGAGGCGGCUUCGGUGAUGCAGCAGGCGCUGCGGCUGUGGUCGAUGAUGAGCCCCGUGGAGAUCGAACGGCUCAUGACCAGCCUCCAGGAUACGGCCCUCAUUCUCUUCGUGUACCACGACCCCGUGCGCCUGUGGACGCUCGCAGGUCUGGAGAUGAUGGAAAACCUUGAGAAGCUGGCGGAGCGGGUGGCGGCCAUGGGGAUGAAGUGCGAGGAGACGCGGCUGCAUGGGCUGGCGCUGUUUUUCAACGAGCUGAGGCAUCCUGAUACGGAGUUCCCCUCGUUCCGCCUGCAGCCCGGCGAGCAGGAGAGCCUCAUGUGCUACAUGCGGGAGCAGGUGGAGCGGGUGGAGGAGCUGCGGCAGUGCAUGGAGCGGAUCAACACCGUGCGAUCGAGUAUUAAGAAGAUGCAGGGUCUGGCAUCGCGGUCGUCAGCCUCCUCCAACCUGCUGGCGGAGCUCGAGUCCGUCUCUGAGGACUACGAGCUCGACUCCUCCUUCCCCCAGCCCAGCGGCAGCAGCACCACCUCCAGCAGCCGCAGCAGUGGCAACUCCCCGCUAAUCCGCGACAUCAGCGACUCGUUUGAUGACGCGGUGCUGGGGCAGCUGGGCAUAGCCAAGCCCGCCCUGCCAUGCGACAUCCCCGGCGGGGAGGAGAUCUUCCGACUGAUGACUCGCCUCACGGAGCUGCAGGCCAGGACUCUCUGGGCAGUGGAGCUCGACCAUGUUGUCAGGAUCAUGGUCCUAACCGUCUUCAUGAUCCGCGAUCGCAUCCUCUCCGUCUUCGGCAUCGACGCCCGCUCCGACGAGGGCCUCUUGGAGAACGAGACGCUGGGGUCGGCGGGCCUGGCUCUGCGGUAUGCGCGCAUCAUCCUGCUGGCCGAGAAGCUGAUGAAGUACCCCUUCAUGGCGGCUGGUGGCACCACCAGGGACGAGCUCUUUGGCAUGCUCACCAACGACAUGCGCAUGGUCCUGGCGGGCCGCCUCAUCCCCGUGAUGAAGGAGCAACAGCAGAAGCGCGAGCAGGAGGACGAGGCUCGGCGCCGAGCGGGGCUCCCCCGAGCCUCGUCCUCAGACUCGGAUGAAGAUGAGGACGGGUUCGUCUGGCUCGGGGGCAAGGGGGGAGCAGGGGGAGGCGGCGGAGGAGCGGGAGGAGGAAAGGGAGGGGGAAAGGGAGGGGGGAAGGGGGAAGACGAGGAGGGGGAGGCGGACGCGCCAUGGGAGCGGAAGCUCAAGUGGGGGAUGGAGUUUCUCCCCACGCUCGCCCGCAACACCAUCACCUUCUCAGAGCUCAACUCCAUCCGCAAAACCUCAGUGACCGCUUCGAACCACGUGCUGCAGGUGCAGACCCUCUUCCAUGCACAAAAAGACGCCGUCACCGCAACCCUCAUCGACUCCCUAGAGGGCCUCUCCCUGCUUGUCGCCUCUGACCCGUCCAAUACCACUCAGAUCCGAUCCCGGAAGGCGGCUGCUCUGGCGGCAGCACAGGCGGAGAAGGCCCUGGCGAAGGCAGGGGGGGAGCCGCGGCAGGUGCUUGUAACAGGGAUAUUUAAAGCGAAGCGGACGGCGAGCUGCAGCCCGACGGACGGGAUUGGGAGCUCGCCCCUGCUGCUGUCCCAGUCGUCCCUGUCCUCCUCCCUCCUCUCCUCCUCAUCUUCCUCCUCGGCCCGAUCCGCCGCCCCUUCGUCAUCCCCGUUUAGGUCUGCUUCUGCAUCGGCAGCAGUGCUAGCCGGUGCUAUCAGGGGGGAUGAGAGGGACUCUGCUGCUUCUGCCCUUCGAGCGAUGAGGGGCGGGGGAGGGGGAGGCGGGGGAGGCGGGGGAGGGGGAAAAGGAGGCGGGGUAGUGAAGGUAGGGCUUGUCAAGGGGAGCAAGCCAACAGGAGUGAAAGGUGCUAAGCCGUCCCCUCAAGUGCCCUCAGGUGGUCAGGCCGGUGCGAAAAAGGCCCCAGGAAAGGUGAAGCCUCUUUGGGAGGAAGAUACGGAGGAGCAGGACCUAGUGCGAUCUGUGCUGUCGACGUGCCAAGAGGAGGGCGACGAGAGGGGGGGAGGCGAGAGAGCGGGAGGAGGGAGAGCGGGAGGAAGGAGAGAGCAGGUGAGGGGGGGAGAGAGAGGGGGAGUGCGGGCGAUGAUGCGUGGAGGGUCGGAGAAAGAGAGGACAGGGAGGGUGGUGAAACCCCUCUGGGAAGAGGACACAGACGAUGAGGACUUGGUAAGAUCUGUGACGCUCCCGUCUAAGAAGGACGGGGGAGAGGGAGGCAGACAAGGGAGAGGGGCGCAGGAUGGGGCGGGGGAGGAGGGGGGGAAGAAGAAGCCGCUCUGGGAGGAGGAUUCGGACGAUGAGUCGCUGGUUCGGGCGGUUACCGCGUCUGCUACCACUGUGGGUGCAGCGGUUACAGCCGCGGGCGUGGGGGUAACCAGAGCCAGCGGAGGGGUAAAAGCGGGCGGUUCCGGUGGGGGCGGGAAGGGAGGUGCUGGUGGCGCACAGAAGAAAGUGCAGCCGCUUUGGGAGGAGGAUUCUGAUGAUGAUAGCCUGGUGCGCGCCGUCACUGCGGCCACUGCUGCCCCGGUCAGAGGAGAAAAAAUGCAAAGGACGGCUGCUCUGCCUGCCACCCCGCCCGCCGCUGCAGUGGGGCCCACAGGCCGUGGUGGGGGGGGCGGGGAGGCAAGGAUGGAUGGGAGGACGGCAGGGAGGGCGGAAGGGAGGGCAGGAAGGAGGGCGGACGGGGGAGGUGAGGGGUGGAUGGAGGGGGGGGCGGAAGGGGAGGCGGAUGGGAGGUGGGAGGAGGGAACUGUGGAUUUCCCAGAGGGAAGGGCUGAGUAUAUGCGUAUGGUUGAGGAGGAAGAGGACUGGGAAGAAGGAGAGGACUGGGAGGAGGGAGAGGGGUGGGAGGAGGGAGAGGAGGAAGGGGAGGAGGAGGUAGUGUAUGAGCAGGCUCCUAGGGCCGUGCAGGCGAGCAGGCAGGAAGGCAGGGGGGGGGUUAACCCGCAGCAGGUAAAGCAGCAGGAGGAGUGGCAGCGGCAGCAGCAGGAGGAGCAGGAAGAGUGGGAGCAGCAGCAACUAGAGCAGGAGAGAUUGGAGCAGGAGUAUCGGCAGGAGCAGCAGAGGCAGGCGCAGAGGCCGAAACAGAGAGUGACUUGGGAUAGGCCGUACCCAGGGGAGGACGUUGAGGACGGGGAUGUGUAUGAGGAGGAGGAGGAGGCAGAAGAGGAGGCAGAAGAAGAGCCGGUGCCUGUUAGAGCCAUGGCCCGGGCAGCCACAGCGCCUGCAUCCCACCUUGAUAGCAUACAGAAGCCAGGGGGUGCGGGUGCGGGUGCGGGUGCGGGUGCGGGUGGGGGUGGGGGGGGAAAGAAGAAGAGUGGGAAGAAGGCCCCCUUGCAGCGGGUGAAGUCUGAGGGCCGACCUGGCUCCUCUGGCUCUUCUGACUUGUACGAUAUGACUCAGAAGUCGCCUGGCGUGGGGCGGCAGCAGAAGCAGGUGCAUGUGCACUGGGACGAGAGUGUGGGCGCUGAUAGUGGGGGCAGAGGGGAGAGAGGGGAGAGUGAGGAGAGAUGGGAGGGAGAUGCAGAAGAAGGGCAAUGGCUGGGGCCGAUUUCCUCAUCUGAAUCUGCUCCUUCGGGGAAGGAGGGGAAGAAGGGGAAGGGUGGGAAGAAAGGGUCACAGCAGGGCAGUGCGGACGGGGAGAGGGGGGAGAGGGGGGAGAGGGGGGAGAGGGGGGAGAGGGGGGCAGUGGAGGGAGGCACGGGAAAGAAGAAGCAAGCUGGGGAAGGGAAGAAGGAAGGGAAGGAGGGGAAGAAGGUGUCAAAGAAGAGUGUAGUGCAGCAGAUGCUGAGGGAUGGGGGGGGGGAGGAGGAUGAUGGUUUGGGGAGAACCGUGAGUGCAGCGUCUUCUGCCUCGCGCUCGUCAUCAGGCACAUCAUCGUCGUCAGCAAAGGGUGAGAGGAGAAAAGGGGGGGAGAAGGAGGGCGGUAAGAGGGCGGGAAAGAAGGCGGCCCAGACCCAGACCCAGACCCCGCAGGUUGCCGUUUGGGAGGGGGACGAGGAGGAGAAGGGGAUGGCUAGGUAUGGAUCAUCGGCUGCUGCUGCUGCUGCUGUGCCAGCGCUUUCGCCGCUGGGGGGGAAGGAGAAGGCGGGUAAGAAGAAGGAGAGAGAAGCGAAGAAGAAGCAGCAGGAGAUGCAGCAGCAGAGGGAGCGACAGCAGAGGGAGGAGGAGGAGGCGGAGGAGGAGGAGGAGCGGCAAUGGCAGCAGCAGCAGCAGCAGCAGCGUCAGCAAGAGGAGAGGCGAGCAGCAGCGGCUGGUAGGAAGGGCCGACCAGGAGAGGAUAGGAGCAUGGAGCGCGCCUCUGCUCCCGCCUCUGCCUCCCACUCCACUCGCUCCCCCUCCCCCUCUUCUCUCUCACCCAACACCAGGGUUCGCCCAACUAUUCCCUACGCAGACGUGCAAGGAAGGGUGGAGAAGGAGGAUGAGGAAGACGAGGAGGAGGUGGAGAGUGUGGGGUGCAGAGGAACGAUGGGAGAAGGGAGUUUGGACUUCGACGCUUCUCAACACGAGUUGGCCUUCGAGGUGCCUCAAAGGCGUGAGGGGCAGGCAGAGAUGAUGGGGGGAGGCAGCUUAGACUUCGAUGCUCCGCAGCACGAGCUGCCCUCGCCCUCUCAAAUGCCGUCGGGAGGAUUGUACGCCGCACGGCAGCAGCGGCAGCAGCAGUGGCAGCAGCAGCAGCAGCAGCAGCAGCAACAGCAGGCGGCACGGAAUGAGUAUUAUGAUGACGAGGAGGAGUAUGCGGAAAUGGAUGACCUUGCUGGUGGUGUCACACAUGGUGGUGCUCCAGGUGGCCAUGGCAGGGGAGACGGCAGGGGAGACGACAGGGGAGACGGCAGAGGCGGAUGGGAUGGGGAGUACGAUGAGGCGGAUGAGGCGGAUGGGUGGAAGGGAGGGGGGGAGCAGGAAUGGGAGGAGGAGGAGGAGGAGGAGGAGACUGACGAGCAGUACUACAGUCAAGGGAUGAGCAGAGAGGAAACGGGACCAGGACCCUCACUGACCCUUUCCCCCUCUGCUGCUGCCUUUUACAUGGCCACCACAUCUUCCUACGAUACACUUGAUGCCUCCCCAGAUCCCUCCCCCGACGCCCCCCGCCCUCGCGCAUCCCCAGCGCAUCCUCCUCGCUCCCCCUCCUCUUACGCCUCCCCUCGCUCCUCCUCUCUACCUGAUACUGCUGCGCCUGCUGCUGCUACUGCUGCUGGGGCUGGCAAGAAAGAGAGGUCCAAGUCCCCUUUGGCGCGGCUCAAACGCUCCCUUUCCCCUCUCUCGCGCACCCACAGGCAUGCUUCUCCUGGUAAAUCAGGUGCAGCAGGUACUAGCACUGCCGCGGCUGCAGCUGCUGCAGUUGCUGCUGCUGGUGGUGGUAGCUCCGGCUCCUUCCCGGAGCUGCAAUCCCAACCAAGCCUGUCAUCAGGCUCGAUCAGCAGCUCGCCGAGCCAGUCCAUGGGUCGGCAGUCGCCGAGCCUGUCGCUGCUGGAUCGGAUCUCCCCAACCAACUCAAUGGAGAGGCGCCCAUCGGAGCGGGGCGCUUUGGACCGCGAUCGGGGAUCCAUGGAACGAACGUCCAUGGAGCGACGCAUAUUCGACCGCCACUCCUCCUCUCCCUCCAUGGAUCGUAGGUGGUCGGCUGGCUCUAUGAUAGGGACACAGCAGCACCAGCAAGCAGAUGGGUCGGCUUCGCCCGAUCUAGCGGGCUCCCCUCCAUCCAGCAUUCACACGGAUAGUAGGUCAGUGGGACGGGAGGGAGGCUCAAGCUUCCGAUCCUCCCUAGCGGCCGUGCUGCUGUCGCCUCCGAUCCUACGCGGAAGCGGCGGCGGGGGCAGCGCCUUCCCAACCUCGAGUUCAGCCGGGGGAUCCUCGUCCGGGCAGCCGCACCACCACAAGGGCGGGAAAGGACUGCCGAACCUGCUGCGGCUGAACCUGAAAAAGGACAAGGGGGAGGGCCACAGGGACGGGAGAGAGGGGCGGGAUAGCCAGCCUGGCACCCCGCCAUCCCCGCUUCUAGAGCAUGUGUUAAGAGGCUUCCCUGCGAGUAACCUUGAGGGUGUUCCUAGGGGCCUAUCUGAGGACUCGUCUGUGCAGGCGUAUGUCAAGGGAGGGGAGGGGGGCAGUGAGGGGAGCAGCAGCGGCAGGCUGAGUGGGGAUGAUGCGAGGGAGUGGGAGGAGGGUAGGAGGGGGUAUGAUGGGAGGGGGAGGCAUGGAGAACGAGAGGACUUUUCUGGGGAUGCUUUUGGGAAGGCCUACUCGGGUCACUCUCCGAUCCACAAGGCAGCGUCGAACGAGAGUGAGGAGGCGUUUUUUGAGCGGGCAAGGCAGGAAGAGGAGCGACUGACGAGAGAGAGGGGGGGUGGCGGGAGCAGUAGAACAGGUGGUGGAGGAGGAGGAGGGGGAGGAGAAGACGGGGGUGUGAAUGAUUCUUGGUUGAGGGAGGAGGAUUCCACUGCACCGGCACUAAGUCCCUUGAAAUACGCACCAAGUGCUUUCAGUAGGAGGAUCAGAGGGAGGGGGCGGGGAGGGCUCGCAGGGCGAGGCCCGGGGGCUGGUGCUACGGGUAGUUUGGUUGGUGGUGGUGGUGGUGGUGUUGGUUUGGCCAGCACCAUCAGCAGUGUCAGCAGCGCCAGCACCGGCACCAGCAGCAGCGGCACGGACACCAAUGGAAGCAGCAGCAGCAGCAGCAGCAGUGGCGUGGGCAGCAGCGGCAGCAACAGCAGCGGUGUUAUCACUGCUGGGGGAGAAGUGGCUGGGGGGUAUGGGGAGGGGUAUGGUGUGGGAGGGAUGGGAGGAGCGGCGGGGAGCGGUGGGGUGGGGAGAGGAGGGUUUGGAGGGGGGAGGAAGAUGAGCAGCAGGAGGCGGAGCAUUGUGAAUGCACGGCUGCAUACACAGAGGGAGGGGGGCGGAACGGGCACAGGAGGGGAUGGGGAGGGCAUGGAGGGGGGUGGUGCGAAGCCUGAGUUUGAGUUUCAGGGUAUGGGAGGGAGACGAACGGGGCGAAAGGUGGCUGGUCCUAUCGCAGAGGGGGAGGAAGGGGGGGUGGCGAGAGGGGGGAAGAAGGGAGGGGAGAGUGAGGAGGAAGAGGACGAGGAGGGCUUGUGGCAGAGAAAUGACCCUAUCCAAGCUUUUUGAAAGGGGUGUUGUCCAAUAUUUUGUGGCAACCAGAAUAGUGAGUUGGGUGUUGAGUGGAACAGGUAGGAAGGAUACACUACACAGCUUUGGCUCCGAAAGACUUGCCCACCACAUUUACCACACCAUUGCACGGGCAUUUGAGGGGUUUACAUGGCAGGUGUGGGCUUUUGCUUUGCUAGGUAGAUGAAAUGUUAUGAUAAAUGCAAUUCAAGGGCUUCAUUCUUGUUAUGAGCAACUCGCUUGAAUAGAGCUCCUUUCCUCAU